AGAUUAAGGAGGUUGAGGUGCCACAGGCUGCCUUGGGCAUCCCAGCCCAUGGGACAGGGGAUGGCUGCCACACGCCUGUGGCUGAAGAAGGGGCAGGCAUCCCAGUACCAGCACCGGGGCUCCUGCAGGUCACAGAGAGACGGCAGCCCCUGAGCAGUGUCUCCUCCCUGGAGGUCCACUUUGACCUCCUGGACCUCACCGAGCUGACGGACAUGUCUGACCAGGAGCUGGCUGAGGUCUUUGCCGAUUCAGAUGACGAAAAUCUCUCCAGUGAGUGCCCAGCAGGUCUGCACCCGCUGCCCCGGACAGGCUGCCUACGCUCUCCCUCUUGGACAAGGACAAGGGCCGAGCAGAACCGUGAGAAGCAGCCCCCUGGCAGCCCUGAACUUGGCCAGGCAGCGAUUGUGGACACGUUGCUCACUGUGGAGAGGCCCAAAGAGGACUAGGCCAUCUGCAGGGAGGGAUGUCUCCCAGCUGGACAGCCAGGCCCUGUGCACACUCCCUCCCAAGGCAUAGCCAUCAGCCCGAUACAGUAGGUCACGCCGGGGUGCCCCAGGAGGCUCACUGUUUGUGGAACCAUGCCAAGACCCCAGCUUCCCUUGGGGAUGUGCUGGGCCCAGGCAAGGCCUCUGGGCACCCGGCACAAGCAGAACCAGUGGCCUGUCAAGCUGGCUCCUGGGCCCUGGGUCAAGGACAACAUGGAGUCACUGCCUGGGAUGAGACAAGGAAUGGAGUGGCUGAGGGAUCAGCACUCCCACCUGCCGCAGGGUUCCUGAGCAGCCCUUGGGGAGGAAGCUCAGCCCAUGAGAGCUGCUGAGACACCUGUGUCCCUGGCCUCUGUCCCCAUCAGCCCUGGGGGUGGGUUUCGUGGUGGCUUAGGGCUGUUCUGCUAUCCAGCCAAGCACAGGUGAGACAGGGCCCAAAACCGCACCUUGACUUCAUGCUGUACCAGGGAGGCUGCUGCCACCUGGGUCCAUCCCCAAGCCCAGCACUUGGACCUGUGCCCACUGCACUUAUCCCCGAGUGACGACCAGGGCUGAGGGCUGGGUCCACACCCGCCAGCUUGGACACCAAGAGUGGCCAGACUGCCUCAGAACUCGGGACACUCCCAGCUACAAGGGCAGGUGUGGUUCGCCCAACUUGUGCUCCCAUGCUGACAAGAGUGUGUGCACCAAGCCCCACACUCCACUGCCCGCCACGUGGCCCCCUCAGCCAGAUGGCACUCUGUGGGCCGUGUCACGAGUCUCCAGGGCCUGAUGCAGGGGCCCCUGUCCCACGGGGUGCAAGCACCACCUUCACUGCCUGGUGCUGUAGCUUCCGUGCAGGAGGUCACAGGCUGCCACCAGGCUUGGAGUGGCUUUAAAGUAAAGGGUCAAGCUUGCUUUUGUCCCCAAGCCAAAUGACGCUGCCCUGACCCUACUAAACGUUUCUGGGGAAGGGAACCGGGCUGACCUUCAUGUUCAACCUUGUACAGGCCUAGGCUCAGCUGUGCAGGCGACCCACGGCACCCACUCUGCCGUGCCCUGCCCAACCACAUCUUAGCACAAAACCGGCCUUUGGUUCCCUUCUACCCCAUGAAGGCAGCCUCAUUCACCCACUAGGGUCUUUCUUCCUCCCCAUUUUCCACUUCCUGCUGCAGCUUCCUGGAGGUCCUUACUGAGUGGGAUUAAAGCCUAACAGCCCUGAGGCCA